UACCUCUGUAAUCACUCUACGAAAAUCACUUAAAUAUUAUUGACGAAUGAAAACGUCGUCUGUGACAUGUUUUGAAUAUGAUGUCGAGGCAAGACAGCUGAAGAAAUUUAAAUUUUGACGAAUGUUGAAUACUAAAUUUGUACUAAACGAUUAUUUUCCCUAUUUGUGGUGCUGGUUAGGAUGGGCUGUGUAAAUAGAAUAGGGCGCAGUAUUUGUUUUGUAAUUAGUUUUAGAUUAGAACAUUCAAUCUCUUCUGGGUGACAGGCCCGUAGUCAGAGAAUGAGGAGAAAAAUUAGUCUCUACCGGUUAUGAAUUUGUUUUAACCUCAAUGACAGCGUUUGUGAAGUCGGCUGUAAGGAUUCGUCCUUUCCUGCCGACGGAUCAGCCCAACGAUGUAGUGUGUGUCAGUGCCCUGUCACACUUGAAUCAAAUAGUAUUAAGUGGCCAGAAUUGUUUUACAGUUGACUAUGCAUUGCCUGUCAAUUACACCCAGAACCAAAUUUUUGAAUUGUCUGUGCAACCAAUGGUUAGUUAUGUUUUGCAAGGUUAUGACAUAUCAAUAGUGACUUAUGGCCAAACAAAUUCAGGCAAAACAUACACUUUAUUUGGACCUGGACUACAUUGUGCAUUUAGCGAGGCAGACUAUGGCAUCAUUCCAAGAGUUACAAGAGAAAUAUUUAACCAAUUGAUGCAUGGUACCAGUAGGUACAAAGUAACGAUAACCUUCAUUGAAAUUUUUGGGGAGUCGAUCAGAGACCUUCUUGGUACUAGCCAAGUAAACCCUGUUUUGGAAAUGAAAAAUGGAAGGAUGUCGGUAAGCCAUCUGAACGAAAUAGAAUGUUGCAGCGUGAGUGAGGUGUUCAACUGGCUGCAAAUAGGCAUGAGCAACCGGCAAGCAUCGGAGCAUCCAGAAAAUGCCAGGUUGAGCUUUGGACAUUCCGUUUUCACAUUGCACUUACAUCAGCAGUGGGAUUCAAAUGGUGUCCUACAACAGGCUCAUUCUCAAGCUCAGUUCACCGACCUAGCCGGCUGUAAUAGUGUGCUCCUGAAUAAUACUGUGGGAACACAUGGCAUGUCAAGGUUACAUUAUGAUAAUGGACUACUUGCUCUGGAGAACAUGAUAGUAGCCCUUUCAGACCCAAGCUCCGAACACACUGCUGUUUAUUACAUGAACACAGUUUUAACAAGACUUCUUAAAAAUUCAUUUGGUGGAACUGCCAAUACCUUAUUGAUUUGUUGUUUAUCACCUGUCUCUCUGGACAUCAGCGGAACUCUGCACACAUUACAGCUUGCUGUUCGAGUUCGUAAUGUGAAGAACUUUUUGGGCAUGAAAGUUUUCAACAAUAUAAUUUGUAUUAAUUCACCAGAAAAGGAGGCUGAAGAAGAACAGACAAAAUUGGCGAAGUUAAAUAGUACUGAUAUGUUUGGGUUAUCAUUUGCAGCAUCUCAGUGGCUAAAACUAGUUGCAAGUGCUGAAAGUCUGUUUGCUGAACUGGCCACCAGUGCAACUCUGCCUGCAGAGCUGAAAGACCAGAUUCAUCGCUGGCUAUGUUUGAAACAAGAGUGUGAAGAGUGCAUAGAAAGUGAUCAUGGCUUAAGUGACUGCAUUAAUGAAGGCAGAUCAUUGUACAGAAUAGAUGAGUUAACUGAACCCGAAGAAAGGAAUAGUACUGUUGCUGAGGUACCGCAGAGCGCAAGCAGUGAUGGUGGUUCGUCAGGCAUGGAAUGUGAUUCUCUGCCUGAUAGCAACAUUGGGUGUCCUGAUUUCUCAGAGAAGUUGGAUGGCUACAUUAAAUUUUUUAAAGAACAAAUUGACAGAAUUGUGGAAAUGACUGAAGAAAAAUUUGAUGUAGAAAGUUGUAGUGCACAAGAUUCUGACUUCAAUGGGGAGAGUUUUCAGGAAAAUUCUGAACUGGAUUCACAAUGCAAAGAAGGAGACUCAGAGCUGCAAGAAUCUGACUCCUGCCAAGAGAUUACACCAAAACAUUUAUCUGCACGAAGGAAUAGUAUAUGUCAGAUGGCCAGCUCUCCAAAUAUAUUGAUAUCAGAAUUACAGUUGGACAAAGUUAGUGUUGUUAAGAAAAAUGAGGAGAAGGAAGAUGGCAUUGCAAAGGAUCGCUUUGACGAAGGUGCAUUCAAGUCUGAAGUACCAGUAUCACAGUUGACUGACUUACCAAAUUUAUUGAAGCAGUUGAAGCUCUUAACAUCAAAUAGUUGUGGUAAACAAACAAAGUACCAGCAGGUGAUCAUUGAAUUAGAAGAAUCUCUAAAAGGUAUUGAAGAGAUGAAGGCAUGCAUUUCAACGAAGGAGCAGCUUAUACAAAACUUAAUUAAAAAUGAGCUGAGGCUGUCUCUUAAGGAACGUUUAAAAAAAAAUUGCAAUAAACUUCGUUCAGAAAAUCUGACAAUAGAGUCUCAUGCAACGUGUGCUGAUAAUUCUUUAUGCUGUGUUAGAGCUCAUAAUAAAAGCAAAGAAAACAUAGAAAAAUAUGACAAAGAGCCCACAAAAUUGUUACAGUGUUGUGAAAUAUCCUUAAAAGAAACCAAAGAAUUGGAAGGGACUGCAGUUGAUGCUACAAAAACCAUUAUAGAGUUUGAACUAUACAGUCAAGUGUCUCAACUCAAGAUGCAGCUGCAAAAAGAAAUUAAACACAAUCUUGAGUUGCAAAAUGAGAUUGCUCUAGAUAAAGAAAAAAUUAAAGAGCUUCAAGAAAAAUAUUGUCAGCAAGAGAAACGGAUGGCUGAAAGUAAUCCAUUAAAUCAGUUACAUUGGAUUCAAGAAGAAGAAACUAGAUUAAUGAACAUCCAGAAAUCAGCAUUGCACUUGCAUGAGGAUACGCUGAAGCAGAAAAGUGUUUUGGAGAAGAGGGAAGCAUUUUUGAAAGAAAAACUUUGCCAGGAAAAAUCUAAACCUAAGGACGAAAUGGAUGUAAAUACCAGGAUAUCACAUUUAGCCCAUGUUCUUAGGGAACAAUCAGGUCAUCUAGAAAUUACCAAUGAUAAAGAUGGGACGGAAGCACUGCGACAUGAAAUACAGAACCUGAGGAAAACUAGGGACUGCUUGGUUGAACAACUUUGUAGUUUGGAUGAAAAAUUCCAGAAGGAAAAGUAUCUCACUUCAACUGAAGAAAGGAAGCUUCUGGAAUGUGAUGAAGCUAUUGAAGCUAUUGAUGCUGCUAUUGAAUACAAGAAUCAGCUGAUCUGUGGAAGUAAUGAACAUGGGCUGUUUGAUCAAGGAAAAAAUGAAAAGAAUGAAGAAUUGUUAUUGGCACGCUUAAUGAACCUAUCUAUAGUUGAAAUACGGUCUUUGUUGUGUAAAUAUUUCAAGAAAGUUAUUGAUCUCAGAGAAAGUGGCAGGAAAAUGGAUGUGCAACUUGCUGAACUAGAUAUCCAGGCAGAUGCCCAGACAUGGAAGAUCCAUGCCCUGAGCGGUGCUCUCCAGCAAGCUCGCGUUGAGGCCAAGAAGCAGAUCAUAACCCUCCAGAAAGAGCACGAGGAGAAAAUGCAUGUUAUGUUGCGUCGUUUUGCCGAGGACUCAAGCAGUGGUUCUGACGUUGAUUCAGGCAUGCAUCACUUUUCGAAGGACAUCCUUACUAACUUGAGCAAGUAUAAGCACGAGAACAAGAAUUUGCGAAGGAGAAUCAAAGAAAUGGAAUCUGUUAUUCACAUGAGUAAUCUUGCUGGCGAUGAGAGCGGAUGCCCUAGUCCUGUCACCAUCCCUCGCUGCAACCUGAAGCAACUACAGGGCCCGCUGGCACCCUACACCACAAAAGUUACCCGGCAGAAGAACAAGUUGAUCAUACAACAACACACAAAGAAGAAAUCCAAUCAGAAGAGUUGAGUUGUGCAGAAAUAAUCUUGCUUGAAUAAGCGUUACCGGUGAAUCUAGUUACCAAAAUGUGUCUUGUCUAGCAAGUGAUGCUUUGGUAGUCCAGCACAACUCUGGAUUAAUAUAGUAGUUUUGUAAUUAAGUGAACCUUUUUAAAAUCAAUAUUUGCAAUAAGGUGCUGUCUGUAAAUUAAUUUUAUUUGAAGCACUUUCUUGCUAUAUAUAGCCUGUACACCCCAGAGUCAAUAAGACUGAAAACAACAUUUUAUUAAAAUGCAAUGCUUUUAUGGUGACCCAUGGCAUGUAUUGUUCUAUUUUGCUUACAUUGAAGUGAGAAUUAAUGUAAUCAUAGUUUUGAAUCACUUGGCAGAACUAACAUAAUACUUCAGUCUAAAACUGGCUUGGCCAGGAGGUGAUUUACUAUUUAAUAAAUUCAUUUUAAGUUUUACUUAGUUCAAGCCAGACUUUUUAGAAUAUCAAAAGAACAGUAUAUGUGUGUGUGUAUAGGCAGUGAGGUCUUUAUAAAAUGUAAUUAAUACUUUAAUGUUGCAAAUGUUUUAAUUUUUUUAGGCAACCACUGUAUAUACACCCAAAAUCACUAACAUGCCUUUGAUAAAGUAGUAUUACUAUUUGUAAUUUUUUUGGCUACAUAAUAUUAAUAAUUAUAAACUGUUUACUUGACAUUUGCCCCUCAAAGUAACACUGUUUCUUUUUCGUCUACAUCUAAGUAAAUUUUUGAUUUCCGUCCAUGCACAAUGGCAAUGACAGUUGUGUAACAUUAAACACAAUGCAACAAAUUAAUACUAAUAUAAUGAAUUAGCUUAGCCUUUCCUUAAUAGUUAUUUGUUUCCUUCAUUGCCUAUUUACUUAAGCCCAAUUAAAAUGGUACAUUGUUGAUAUUGCAUUGAAUGAAAGUUAGUGCUCAGCAAGAGCUCUGGUGAGAGAACCAGAAGUUUCAGUGAAAGUUUACCUCAUGCCUGUUACGCUGCACUACUAGCAAGUCAAGUGGCAUGUUGUGUUUAGACAUAUUUUGUAAACAACAAUGUUGGGGAUUACGUCAACAGGUUAUAUAAUAAUUUUUUGUUCAUAAAAAAUGUAAAAUUUAUGCCUAAUUAAUGUUAUUAAUAACUAUCUUAUUACCCGCUGCUUCGCUCGUGUGAAACUACCAAAUACUUAAUUUAUUUAUUAUUGGUCUCAAAAUAAUAAUAAUAUAAAAUAUGUUUAAAAAAUUGUCAAAUAAUAAAUUGGUACUAGAUAUAAUUUUUUUCACUAUAUUAAGCAUUUUAUAGGUCAAUAUUUAACAAAUUACACACACAGGUGAUAAAAGAUAAAUGUAUACAACAAUAUUGAGGUUAUUUUAUAUCCUGCAAAUUUUACACUGUAAAGAUAUUUUAUGACAGUAUAAUUUUUUAUUUGAUUUUACAAAAUCUCUUGGUAAUCAAAAUUUACGGUCUUAUUACUCAGAGCAGAAAUGCGGAUGUUUUCAGAGCUGCUAACUCGAGAGCAUGUGACAUACAGCUGGCUAUGUGAAAAGCAAUGUACUGUCAGGUCAAUGCCAACAGUUUGUAAUGUUUGACCUUGUGACGUGUUGAAUGUUACUGCAUAGCAAACGCUAACUGAAAAUUGCUAGUGUUUGAAUUUAAAUGGAAAAAUACUUGGGAUGAGAGGUGUGUGCAGUAUAAAUACAGCCUCACUCACACCACAACUUGUCAGUAUUUUUGCCUUAAUCACGUUUUGUUGUAACACAAUGGCUUGUCUUGUGCCGUUGCACAGUUUUGGUGGACUUAAGUUGUGCAGUAGCAUUAUUGGGAUUCCAAUUUCAAGUUUUAUUUCAUGGUCUAGAAGACUUGAAACAUCAAGAGAAUUAAAUAAUUUUACUUGAUAAUUAGUAGUGGUAAUUAGGUCUACUAAUGUGUUAAUAGAUGUGUAUAGCUCUUCGUCUUUAUUUUACGCAGUAUGGAAGAAUUGAUUUUCCAGGUUUGUUAAUUUGUGGGCACCAGAAUCGCUCUUUUGCACAACAAAAAGUUGUCGUGAUGAAUAAGUUGAGAAGGAUCAUCUUAUGUAUUGGUGACUAACUCUUCUACAGUUGAAACCAUUCUGCAACGUGAUGUAGGUAAUUCUAUGAGACCAUCCUCUUCUAACAGAUUACCUUCGCCAACUUUAAGUAAAACUUCGGAAAACACUUGAGCGUAGGUAUCACCCUCGAGUUGUACUCUCAUGUUAGUUUUUAAAAAUAGUCUUUGUAUGUCUUUCCAAAUAUUAGAAUUCUUAAAUGAAGCAUUAAUUUCAUUGGCCCUCGUACCCCUGACUACCACAGACAAGAUUUGUUGGAAAUCACCGCAAAAUAAUAUGGUUAUGCCACCUUUGGGCCAAUCGCGUUUAUGGAGAUCUUUUAAAGUGGGAUCAACUACUUUAACAGCUUUUUUUGUGUGCCCUCAAGAACUUGCCCCAUACAUUAAGGCUGUCCUCUAGUAUUAGCUUGGCUUUCUUACUGUUUGUUGGUAUUGCAUUAUAGUAGCAGUUAUUCCGGACAAAGCUACAGCUAGAGCCAUCUUGCCUUGUUCUCGUACUUUUGCGAGAAUUAGUUUCGCCAAUAGGUUUAUCCUGUACCACCGGGAGCAUCAACAAAAAACAAUUCUUUUUUAGUGUAUUCCACUCAGUUCAGAAUUCAAUCUUUGGUGAGUUUAGAAACAUUUUUGUGUAAAAUCUGCUGAUGCAUAGUUCUUCAGCAUAUUAUGGAGAAAGAAAACCGUAAUUGUGAUGAGUAUUUUCAUUAAUAGACACCACAAUGGUCUUGGCGGGAACUUAGACAAUUAUUUAAAAGGUCACUGUUGUUAGCUUCAAUAUUCGUGCCUGUGUUUCUGGUAACACGUAGUAACCCUCAGAUAAAGCUUGGCAAUAUUUUUUCCACAGUUUGUACCCAAUGUGAUAAAUUUUAAAAUACCAGCAUAACUGAAAAUAAAUGUCGCAAGUUUCUGGGGCUACCCCUACUGGGUCUGGGUUCCUCUGGUAGUGUUGUCAUCUUCAAGAAGACCAUGUAUCUGGCAGACAACUUGGAAUCUCUGAUACUCCACACCCUCUACAGUUUUGAGAGCUCUGAAAUAUGUGGGUCCUCGUGCUGUUUGCAAUAACGGCCGCAAAAUUAAUACCCAUGGUUUGGGUGUACAAUGUAAACGCUGCCUGGCAUGUGUUUCAUAAAAACUGUGGGAAAACCUUCAACCAUAAAUCCACGAUUUCUUCAGUUAAAAACCUCAUGUGUGUCAAAUGUAUUGUAUGAUGGCACUUCAUCGUAUAGAAGUGUUUUGGCAAAAUAGUCAGACUGACGUAAUUCAGAAAAAGCCAUAAGAGUGUUUUUUCUUGAAUUGUUGAUUUUUCUCUUAUAUUAUCUUGGUAUAUUAUCUCUGGCCAUUUUCCAAAUGAACGUCUAGAUGUGUAACUGGUGGUUAUCUUUCGUGAAUAGGAAAUCCAAGGGUACGCUACAUAGCUUCUGAAUUGCUGAUGUAAUGACCCAACUGAUACUUUGUCACUUCAUCUUGAUUCUGAAGAGAAAAUAUAGUUUGGUCACUAUCCUUAUUUACAUAUUUACAGAUGUAUUUGAUGGAUUUUACAUUGUAGCAAGACUCUACAUUGAUGUGUGCUUUAGAUGUUUUUGAUAGUGCUGGCAAAUAUGGAACUACCCAUUUGUUGUCGCGAAGUAUGAUCGGGUGAUGAACAACUUCAGUUAUGAAUCCUCCCUCUUGUGAUCGGUGAUGACAUGAUGGGUAUCCAUCUGCACCGGUAAUUGUUUGACUGAGCAAUUUCUUUGCAAAAUAUUUGGUACAGUGUCCAUCUUGCAUGCAUGGCGAAUUGUAAUUAAGUGCUCCACAGGCACCAUGAACCAUGUUAUUUUUAACAAUACAGUAUUGUGAAGAGUGGGAUCAUUUUGUGGGUCAGAAAAUUCAGCACUGACAAUACUGUCAAUUUCAUUAGGUGGUAUUUUUUUCUCAAGCCACAGAAGGGUGUGUGUGCAUGCAGCAGUCUAUGCUUCUGCCACUCCACUGAGUAAGUACAUAAAGCACUUAACAGGCCCAAAAACAUUUUCUUUUGACAGAAGCUCGAUAAAAUAUUUCAGUUCCAAGUGGAAAAUACUGGCUACAAUGUCAUCCCUUUCACUUGAAGUCUGAUAUGGAAGAAGCUAUUUUGUUAUUUCCUCCCAAUUUGGAUUUGUGGUAAAUGUGAUUAAAAGAUCUGGUCUCCGAUAUUUACAUACAAAUGAAAAUGCAACCUGUGUGCGCUCAUGCACAUAGCGUGAACCAUCAGUGAAAGAAGAUAGUAAUAUCACUAAUCGUCAAGAGGUUUCUACAUCACCAUCUUGUCUUAAUGCAUCUCUUAAAUCAACAUAGUUUUCGACACAAAUUUUUUUGAUUGGUUCGAACAAACAGCAAACAUUUUGUUUCAGUCUUAGGAUCAAUGUAGACCAAAAACUGAUUGAAAAUACUGCAAAUUCGAUGAAUGUGAAUGUUUUGAUAAAUUCUUACUUGAAUAAGGGAACUAUAUAAAACUGUAGCAAAGAAGUAUUUUCGUCAUGAUUAGUUGUGCCUGUUUGAGGACAAACAGCGAAGUUGUAUCCAUCUUCUCCACGACAGAAUAUUAGUGGGUAUUUUAGUGCAUUAACCUAAACAUGAUGUGUUUUACUUAUCCGUUGCAGUCUGUCAUCUCGAGAACAGAGAACAAUAUCACACUUUUACGCUCUUGGUCAACUAACACAAUCACUACUUCAUUACUGGUCGUUUCAUUAUACUGGCCAUGGUGAGCUGAACCUGGUUUCGUCUGCACUAAUAACAAACUUGUACUCGUAGUGUUUGUAGUCAACCAUAGACUCCAAUACACUUUUGAAACUAAGUACUUCAGCAUUUACAACACAAAGAAUGUUUUGAAGCAUGUUAGUUACAUUAUCAUUUAAAUGUGGUAUGUGUUGUUUCCUCAAAUUAGCUUGAGCAGUAUAGUCAGUUUUUGAAAUAAAUUUCCAGAAAUGUUGGUUCAUUUGAGGAUAGAAGAAGCGACCUGAUCAGAUGGUACACUUGCUCUUGAACUUUAAAUUUCUGCAUAUAAGUUCCUUACGAAACUUUAUUUGCUCUGAAAGAAUCAUCUGAAGUGUACUGUUGCACGUACGCUCAAAUGUUGUCAAAAAAAAAUGUUAUGAUUCAGGUGCAUACCUAACAACAACGAUUUUAAGGGCUCAGGUGGUUCUUGAAUAGGUUCUUUGCCUGCAGAACAGCACAUGCCUUUUAUCUCUUUUUUUCUACUUCAAAGCAUGACAGUAAGAGCAAACUUUUUAAAAGAUGUAUUUUCCAACGAAACAGGCAACCUGUAGAAAGCAUGUCAUUCUGCAUCUUUUUCUAAAUGCGAUUCAUGUUGCUCCUCCGUUUCUGACUGACGAAUCUCUCGGAUACUAUGUCUUUCAGCUUCUAAGUUGCAAUUCUGAUCAUUACGCUUUUGGUAAUAGCAUUCUUGAACAGAAGCAAGUCAUUGUUUAUAAUUAUCAUUUGUCACAUGUUGUUCUUGAUCCACAAUUAAAUAAAUUUGGUUAUCAUGUUCUUUUUGCUGGGUUCUUAAAGCAGAUUGUCUCAAUCGUUGAGAAUACAGCCUGGAAUUACGAUCUUCGAUGCUUUCAGUAUCAAAAAAAAACCUGUGUGGUGUUUUAAUGAUGUUUAAGGCAAGUUUGGCACUCCUCGCUGCUUUCUUAGCUAUUGAAGUAGUAUUUCAUGCUUUUUGAGACGUUAAACGCUACUAAUGUUCUUCGCUAUUUUCGGUAGCGCAUAGAACUGCAUGGUGUUUUUGAUGAAGGUUAAGGCAAGUUUCGCGCUCCUUGCUGCUUUCUUGGGUUAUAGUAGUAGAUGCUUGUACUCUCUGAGACGUUAAAUGUAACUUGCUUUGUGAUGAAUAUUCUCUGAGCCUAGCCCUUGCAUGUUCUUUAUCUAAAUGGUUGCAAAUUGCCCAUUUUCUUAAUUUUCUAAAGAUUGUGAUAUUUUGGUACUUUUUUUUUGCAAUGUUAAUCUUUUAUAUCUAUUACAUUGGCUUUCACUUGAUCGUUCAAGCCUGGAUUUUUUUUAGCCUUAUAAUGUUUUUGCAGAAAUACUUGACUUUUUCCAGAUGGCAUUAGGCAAUCUCUAUUCACAUUACUUGAAAAUAAGAAAAAAUUAUAUAUUUUGAAUAAAUGAAUUAGUUUUUCAAAAAUAUAAACAUUUUGGCAGCAUUAGUCUGAGUUUCGUAAGAACUAUUUGACUAACGAAAAUAAAUUGAUACAGGCAUGUUAAAAAUGAAUGAGAAAUGACUAUCUGUAAAUAUUAAGGCAUUGAGGUUGAACUUCUAUUUAGGAUUCAUUAAUUUCCUUUGAAAAAAUAAUGUAGGGAAAAGUAUUAAAAAUCAAAGCUCAUCAUGACAUAUUGAGUAACUUUUCAGGUUCUCUAAUUCUGAUACAGUCUCUUGUAAAAUAAGAUGUAUUAAAAAAAAAUGUUUUAAGUAUAAUGUCAUACAACCAAAUUUACUGCAGGUAAAUAUGUUGAAUUUUAAAACAAUCAUCUCUAAUUUUUUGUCUUAAAAAUCUCACUUUUAGCCAAUUAAGUACUGAUAUAAUACUAAUGCAGGGUGGCCACUCUCAAGGGAUUCUCAAAUUCCAGGUUUUUUUCCAGGGUUUUGUAAGAUUUUUCAGUGAUUGUCGUGUUGAAAUAAAGUUUAAUUAUCAUAAACAUGUUUUCUUUAUCUAAGCAUAGUGACCAGUAAACAUAAGAUUCAGAUUGUAUUAGAGAAACUGUCAGGGUACAUAUUUAAAAUGCAUGGACUCUUCCGAAAUUAUUUUCAUAAUUAGGACCUAUCACAAAAUUAAAACAUUUGAGCAGAAUAAUAUAGGUGUACUCAAUGUAUAUACCAGGAAAAAAUGUUCACAUAACUGGUUAAAAGAAAGGCAAACAAACUCUGUAACAGAAAAAAUACAAUUACAACUAAUACCUAUUAAAAUAAUAAAUUCUCACCAUGCUUGCCUGUGUGUCUCUCAGUUCAAGUCAGCCUUAACCACAACACCGUAUACUUCUUGAGUUUGACACAUUCAAUUAACAAACAUGAUAAUCAGGAAAUAACCAAACAUGUACAUAUAAUAACAAAAAAGUGAAUUCACCAUGUCAAAACAUAUGUGGGCAUUUCAACUUCUUUACUGAUUACAACAUUUUUAUUCACCUAGGAUGUCUGAAAAAUGGCAGCCAAACAAGAAAUGAAACAAAAAACAAACACACCUCAAGUCAUUUUCAUUGCCUCUAAGUAGAUCACAAUACCCUAUCUUAACCACAGUGCACAAAACAUCAAAAGUUAAUGCACAACAAAUAUUAAACAUGAUAAUCAAGAAAUAACUGAGUAUGUACAUCUAAUUACAAACAAAUGCAAAAAAGUGAAGUCACAUUGUGUCAAAACAAUCUCUGGGCAUUUCAACUUCAUCACUAAUUAAUUACAUUUUGAUUCAUCUCAAUUGCCAGAUAAAUACUGCAACAGAUCAAGUAAAAAUAUUAAAAACAACUACAUGUCAUUUUAAUUAAAUCUCAAUAGAACAAUGCAAAUGUGUCAAAACAUAGGCCUAAUACAUCCCUUUUUUUUGCAAAGACUUUAUUUGCUCUUCGAUAGCAGCUACUUACUUUGCUGCGUCACUAAGUAAUUUAGCCUUUUUAAACCCUAAGAGUCUUUUUUCUUCAUUUAUAUGUUUUCUCUCCCUUGAUUCUUGCAAUAACUGUUGCUCCUCAGCUCUUACUCUCUCAGAGUACUCUACGUAGCGAGAGUGUGCAUUCCUGACUGAAUGUAGCAUUUUCUUACACACUUCAACAGAACUAACACCUCCAGAAACUGCAACAGCAUCGUAAACUUGUCUGAGAGCAAUUAAACUGAUUUCUGAUUGAUUUUCUAGAAUACAUUCUGAAUUAAUGGAAAAUCCUCUCUCCAAAAAUGCAUUACCAUGAGAUAAAAUCAAUAUUAUUUUUACGAAGAGCAUUAAAUUGGCACAUUCUUCUUUGCAAGACUCCAAAAGUGAAACCCAGAAAUCAUCAAGAUGUGUUUCACUCCUCUUGAAACUUUUCAACAUCUUCAAGUUAGAACAUAAACACACAUUUUUAUACUCUUGUUUCACUUUGUCAGCUGUUGUGCUGGACAUCCAGUUGUUCUCAAUUAAUAUUUCUAGACAAGAUGUUAACCUCAGUUGAACUACUUUGGGUUGGCAGCUACCAAGUUUGGGUCUAGACACGAGGCUGCUUUAGUAAUCCGAUAUUCAAGUGGUGAUUUUUCCAACCAUUUUUUUCAACAACCCAAGGAGACCUGCUUGGCAUUCCUUACAGAACUGAACUCUUUCCAAUUCUUUUGAACUUAUUUUCUUAAGUGAACUCCUGGUAGAAAAACCCAAAUCAAUUUUCUUCAGUGGUAUUAGGUUGCUGCUCUGGGAUAGAUCAAUUUUUUUCAAUGAUGAAACCCCUUCCAUUACUUCAGCUUUCACAACUCUUUCCAUUACAGUUUUAGCAACUGAUGUAAGCUCAUUAUACAAAAAUGGUAGCAUAGGUUUGUCAGUCUGAAAUUCACGAAGGAAUGGCUCAACAAAGUUCGCAAUGACAAUGAAAAAUGAAAGCUCAGCACACAGAAACUUAUUCAUCAUAGCCUUCGACACAACUCUAAAACUAUUGCAAGCUGUAACAGAAUUCUUAUCCUUUUCUGCUUCUUUGACAAACUUCUGCACAUGAGGGAAUAUUUAUUGAGCUCUUACUGCAACAGAAAUGUUCUCAAUCCACCUUAUUGCAGAGAACUUCAAUGGAAAAGUUUUGCAGCCAGUACAUUCAAUGAACUUUGCUCUUCGAGCAGGAGAGUCUUUGAACAGGUAGUACAGUGCACGAAGAACCUGUACGACUGUCCAAGAAGUACGUUUUAUUGCUGCUUUAAAAGCACCAUGCAAAGAAUGCAGGCCACAACUACCGAUAUUCAAUGGAAAAGGUGACUCUGGGCCUUCUUUCAUUACUGUACACAGAUUCAUGAAUAAUUUCAGAUUUACAUUUGGUCCAUCCAUUGAUAACUGAACUAUCUUCUUAAAAUUAUCUGAUUUAAUUUCUGCCUGAAGACCAUUCAGCAAAUCGUCUGCACAAGUUCUUCCCAAGAAUACAGAUGAGAGGUACCUUGUUGUGACUCUUGAGGUUUCAACACUCCAAUAUCUAACAUAAAUAUCUAUUUGUUGUUUCUGUGAAAUUUUGUUCAAGCUUUCAUCAAACCCAACUACUAUGUGGUCCGCUAUCCCUACAAAAGAAAGAUGUUCUUGCUUGAAAAAUGGUGCCAAUCCAUGCACAAUGUUGUAUGCAAUCUUUGUCCUUUGCAUUUGUAUUUUCCCAGCUAUCUCGCUGUCUGAAAACAUACUGGCAAAACAUGACACGCUACUUGCAGAACUCCGAAAUGAAAAAUGUUUCAUGACACUGUGCAAACACCAUAUGAUUUCUGCCUUAGUUACAGCUUCAUUAAUAACAACAUGUUUCAUCACUGGUGUUUGCGAAGAGGAACCAGUACUUGUGCUGAGUUCUGGGGCUGGGAGAAAGAACAAGAAAACUUUUAAAACAAGAUGGAACAAAAACAUUACAUUUUAAGAAACUUUUCCAAUUGGCACUAAUACAUUGUCUACUGCAGGGCCAUAAUGAUACUAAACUCUUUACCUAAGAAGUUUAAGACUGUAUUCAAGUUGGAACAUUCAGUUUAGUGACAGCUAAUGUACUGUUAUCUGAUUAGGAAAAUAAUGUCUUCUCAGUAGUUUUGUACUCAACUUUUAGAAUGUAAAUAGAGGCGUACUAAAUAAAAUUCUUAUCAUACAAACCUCCCAACUAUACACAAUCUUGUAACUUCAAAAUAAAAUAAGUUUGAUAAACCUUUUUGUUUCCACUUGUUUACAGCUAGUUAAAAAAGUUUUUGCACGACAUUACUUAACUUAGCUUAGGGUAAACGAACAUUUACCUAGAUAGUUGUAAUCUUACAAAGUAAGUUUUAAUUUAUAGGCUUUACAAAUCUAACAAAAAAAAAACAAUUUAUCAACAUAAUUUCUGAAAAUAUUUUAAUAUGUACCCCAAUUAAUUAUCUUGUGCUAAUCAGAACAGUUACAAUUAAAUUGGCUUACCUGUUUCCAGUGUGUCAGUUUUGUUUUGAAGAAACAUUUGCAAUGGCAAAGAUUUGUUUAAACUGGCUUCCGCUGCCACGUGCCGCGCUGAUUUUUCGUGGCUUUUUAAAGCCUGUUUUCCCAUGCUUGCAAUGUUGAUUGCAGUCUUGCACCACUUGCAAACUGCCGAAUAUCUGGUCUUAAAAUCUUCUUUGACCCUCAAAAAUUCAAGUUCACAUUUGUGGUUAAACGAAGUCGUACUCUGCUUUGAAAACAUUGUCCGAAUUUCUCUUUGCAAAGCAAUACAACACGCAUUUAAUCGUCACUAUAAUAUUAGGCCUACCGCAGUUUGGACCACAUUCUCUGUCUUGCCCUUUUCCCAGAACUAGAGGCCUAGGCUUACAUGUGUUCUAUUAAAAUUAAUACAUUUACAUAACGCAAGCAUAUUAUACCAAUAGUACUAUAACGAACGUAAUUGUAAAAAAUGCCUAGGCGUGAUUGUCACUGUUUGAUUGUGAAUUUACAAAACACCUUUGUUUAUGACGACACAAUGUUAGGUAGAGCCAGCGGUAAAUAAGUUGAUGACAAAGAUGGCGGAAUACAAGCGUUGCCAAUCAUUACAGAUCUAUUUCUCAUACAAAGUAGCAAGAAACCUGGUACGAGCAACAAAAAUCUUGUCUCUUUGCUUGAUUAACAGACAUGUAGACGUGUGAAUCUCACUUAAUACUAUCGCGUUGUACAAUAACUCGCCAUAGGUUUGGCAACUGUGAACAAUAAACAACCGGAAUGGCGACGUUCUCGGCGCGGAACUAAUUUUUUGUUACUUUAAUCACGUCUUUACUCUCUAAUAGAAGUUUACUGAUUCAUGCAAAUAUAAGUAAAACGCACCUUAUAAAUCCAUUAAAAGAGUCAAAAGAAUAAAUUCCCAGUUUCAUAAAAAAAUUAUAGGUUUUUUUCCAGGAAUUCACUACACAAAAAAAAUUCAUGGCUUAAUCCCAGUUUCCCUGUAUUCCCGGUUGGGUGGCCACCCUGUAAUGCCUUUGUAAGAUUUAAAAGGGGUAACACUGCGGUACAUAUGUUUUACUUGUUAAUUAAUGGUUAUUAGCCGGUAGUGUGAGGUGUAAACUAUAGAGGAAGUUAAUGACACCAUUACCUACACUACUGGAUCAAUACCAAGAGUGUAUAUAGAAAUUUAGUUGAGUGAGUGGAAGAGAACAUUGGAUUUUAUAACAAUAAUUGCAUUAGUAGUCUAUUAGAAAAGUUUUUUUUUUAUUCAAAAGAGAAUUGGGGGAAGUGAUUUAUGUUACAAUAUACUACUAAAGGUGAAGUGUUUCAAUUUAGAAGAAAAUCAUAAUAUACUUGAAAAACAGCUGAUAAAUUGCUGAUAUUGUUUGGCAAAAGCAGUGAAUUUUUUUUGAUACAAUACUUUAAACAGAAAAUUUUUAUUGCUACAAUGCAAUGCCAUGAAAAAAAACCACGUCAUUAUUCUAAAUUCUCACCUCCAUGAUUAAUGUAGGCUGAAAACUAUUAAUUUUAUUUUUUUUUAGUGUGAUUUAAAAUGUUUUUAAAUAUAAGCAGGUUGGGGAUCUGAACCAAUACUUUUAUUUCAUGAGUGUUAUGUUAGGGAUCAUGGCUCCGGUGGACACUUUAGCAUGUGUAAAAGAAAUUAAGCUAAAAUUUUGUUGUCAUAUUCUUUAUAAAAAAAAGUGAAUUUUUUUUGUCAAUAUUACAGUGUACAAUUUUUACUGGCAAUGGCACAAUUCAUAAAGUUCUCUAGAACCACAAUAGUGCAGGCACGAACCACACAAUUAAAUAGCUCGGGAAAACUACCGUUGUUUAUAAAGCACUAACAUUUCACGAUGUCACAACAUAAUUUUAUAUUGUACAACAGUAAAAAAAAAUUUCUUUCUUGUGCUUUUCUUAAUGAUUAAUAUCCCUCACGAAACUGUACGAAAAUAUUGACAAUUUGAUUAAAAUAAGUUAUUUGUAGAAAAUCUUAGCCUUCUAUAAACACGUUUUUACUUUAAAAUGUACUUGGAACACUUCAUUUCAAGAAAAGAAUGCAGAAAUAAGCAAUAAUGCAAGAAGUAGAGAGUUGCGCAGUGCUUGCAUUUGCAUUUUUGUGUCUUGCAUACACCAAUCCCUCACUUAACACGUCUUCAGAUAGCGCAACUUCAUUUAGCGCAAUGUUAAUUUUAGAGCCCUGUCUUGAAUAGUAUAUCUGUAAAUUUUAGUUAGCACGAAAUCGCCACAGGCAAAAAAAAUUCAGGCAUGAUACCACGAAGUCUGCUUCAACUCUGUAAAAAACAGAUAUGCCAUGGCAUACAGUUACAUAAACGAGGGAAGAAAAGAUGCUCAUUCAGGUCUGACUACGCUAUCGACUGUUCUACUAACAUCAGCAAUGGCAAGUUCAGUUGUGGCUAUUGAGUGUAAAGGACCAAAUGUUUUUACAUCCACGUGUAUGCCGCCGGGCCCUACCAUUUUCGCCCGGCCAUAGACUGGUCCGUGAUGAACUUGAGUCUACCCAGUGGUAGGGGACUUGUACACACCAACACAAAGGAACAUCAUAUAUGUGACAUUAGAUACUGGAACAGAAGUGAACAGAUAAUUCAUAUGGAAAAGGUUGUUUAAUGAAUGGUGCAAUGUAAAAAAAUCACGGGCUUGACAGGAUUGGUGUGAACCAAGCAGUGAUACGCAAAUAAGCACUUUAAUUUUUGAAAAAUUAAAAUGUAAACAUUCAGACAGUAAUAUCUGUCUUGCUGCCAGUAAAGUAUAGUUUGAAAAGUUCGUGGAAAGGUACAAGACGUGAGUUGAAGGUCACGCACGGGUGGGCAAGUCAACCAGCCGUCUGACGAUUAGUACAUAACCACCUAUCUCCUGUUACGUCUUGUCGUAUUUGUCAUGCAAAGUAUUCUAUGGUAGGCUUAUAAAGAUAAAUGAGGUUACAUAUUUAUCGUUGAGUGUUAUUCUACACAUUUUUAUUACGUAAAGAAUAUUUCCUUACAUAUUUUGGAACACAUUAAGUAAAUUAGCCUUGCAAUUUAUGGAGACUAAUGCUUCAGAAUACACAAUUUUGAAUAACACAAAAAUUUUGAGGAACGCAUUAAUCGUGCUAGAUGAGGGAUUGUUGUAGUUUAUAAAAUGGUUUUUAAAAUUUAUUUAAGCAACUUGUGGCCAUGCACUUCUUGUAUUUUUGCAUUUCUUGCAUAGUUUAUAAACCUGGUCUAACAUAACCUAAUUUAAUCACAAUGCGUUCUGAUGGCUUUAUUUUGAAGAAAUAUAAUAAGAUUCUUUUGGGAACUAUCUUGCAGUGCCAUCUAGUGUUACUAUAUGCGUAAUAUACAAGGUACCUAAUGCUAUCUAUCUAGUGUGUAUUUUGAGGAGUAGCUUAUAUUAGCAUUCAGUGAUAAUUCAGCCUAUGGUAAUUGUACGACUUGGACUUAACAAUAUUUUGUGAUUGAAUUGUAGUAUAUUUUCUGUUCUAUUGCGUUUUGAGUUUUAUACGCGUUAAUAUUUAUCUUUUUUUGUAAAAUGAGAGCACUUGCAUUUUUUUCCAAGCCCUUAUGCCUAAUAGUCGCAGUGCAAACGUUUCGCUGUGGUAAAACAACAUAUAUAGCGAACUGUAAAUGUAUUGUUUCUUAAUUUUAUUUAAGUUAAAAUAGUUUUGCUAGGACUGAUCAUUCGUAGCUAUAUUGAUUCACAGAACUGAUUUUAAAAUCGUGCACCCAACAAAAAUCAAAGCAACCAUACUUGUUUGUAUGUCUUACGAUUCCAUUUACUGUGUACAUUGUUAAAUUUUAAUUCCGAUCAUCAUUAGCAAAAUGUUAAUAGUUGUAAAAAAAACAUGUACGUUAUAGUGUACUUUUUAUUGUUACCUUGUUAAGUAAGUUCUUAAACAUUCCGGAACAAUAUUAAUUAAUAGGAAAACUUAAACACGUGAAUAUUUUUACUCCCAUGUUGAAGUAUUGUUAAGAAAUAAGUUACUAACUUUUUGACACUUCUUAAACCUUACAGCGUAAAAUAAAACUACAGUUGGUAAAUUAUCUUUAUUAUUUGCAGACAUUUGAAUAAAAUAAUAAUAAAUCAUGUUGCUAAGGAGUUUCUUCGCUUCUGGUUUGUAGCUGUAUUGAAGGCGAGGAUAUCACCGACGUUUCGGUUGAUGUUGCAGUCGCCAUCUUCAGGGAGCAGUAGGUAACUGCUCCCUGAUGGCGACUGCAAGCCAAGCAACACCAGACAUGGCCACGAAAGCCUGUGAUCUUUACUCUGUUUCCAUGAGUUGUCAUUAACAAAACCAUUGCAAUUGUUUUUAAUGAUAAACAAUACUUGCCCUUGUUUCACCCCUUAUAGGUGAAAUUCAAAAAAUAUUCUAAAAGCAUAAUUCAUAACUAUAUUUUUUAUGUAUAUUCUUAGUUUCUUACCUUUAGAUAUAGUAGAUUAAGAAGUAUGCAUUUUUUUUUCUUAAAACCAAACUUACCUCUUUUACAUCCCUUAAGUUUGGAAUCUUGCAAAGUGGUAAAAAAAUAUGUAGUUUAUUAUUUUUAUUUUUAUUUCUACAAAGUUUAUGUCUAACUUUAUUGGUUUCCGAGAUAGAAUUUUUUUAAAUAAAUAAAAAUUUCCUUCUUUUAUAAUUCCUCACAGGACAAACUUUGGAUAAAUGGGGAAAAUACAAUACUUAAUUGUACAUGCACAUUGUUCUUUCUUAAUUUAUAACAUAUUCCAAAGUAUUAAUUAAUUUUCUUUAUAAAACCAUAAACAACCCUUUUACACCGUUUAGUGGUUGAAUUUCUCAAAAUAAUUAAAUUUUAGUGUGUAGUUUCAGUAUGUUUAUUAUUGAUACAAUUUUUUUUUCUUAUUCUUUAUUAGUUUUGAAGAUAUAAUUAACUGAAAACCAUAUAUACCCCUUUUUAAUUCCCUUAGGGGUGCAAUUCUGUAAUUAUAUAUAGCCUAGUUUUUAAGUUAGCCAAAAGCCUUACUAAUAAAAAAGUUUCAUCAAAAUCUGUCAAGUAGUUUUCAAUUGAGUUGAAACAAAUAGACAAACAGACAAAAAUUUUAAAAACUAAUUUUUGAGUUCUCAAUAAUGUAAAUAGCCAUCUCCAAAACAUUUUUCAUCAUUUCGUCUAGUGUACAGACAUUUUACCUUGAAAAAUUGUAUUAUUAGUAGAGAUUGAAACAUAGCUGAUACAAUAAUUAUUUUAUUUUUUUGUAUCAGGUAUGUUGUUAGCACCUAUUUAGGAAAUGUUAUUCCCAAGGCCUAUUAUAUUUCAAAAAUGCUGCCCGCACUUUUUUUACAUUUGAUUUUUAUAUUAAAAUGUAUAUUCUCAAGUUAUUUAAUGUUUAUGUAAAUAUAAAUGUAUUUAGACACAUAAUUAAUACUGUAGUUUGAUUUCAAUGGGACCAGUAUCUUGAUUAAAAUGCACUCUUAUGGAAAAUUUGUUUUUGCUUGGCACUGUUUUGAUUAGCUUUAUCUUUUCCUGGAACAAAUUAGAGAGUUACUUUGAAGGGCACGUGUAUUGACUGCGUCAUUCUGUGUCUGUAAUAGGUUAAGACAAUUUUUGCUACAUAUUUUUGUCUUUUUUACAAAAUGUUUAUUUAGUUCUGUAAUGUUCAGCCUAAUCAAUGAUCAAUCUUAUUAUCAGUUUAUUUUAAGAAAUUGUAAUAGUAAAAUAUCUGUCCAGUAUUUGAAAAUUUCUAUGACACAUUGCACAGUCAUUGAAGUGAGGAAAAAAUUAUUUCCUAAACAAGCUUGAAUUUACAGUCUUCCUUCAUGUUAUAAGGCCUAGAAAAGAGUUUUUUUAUUUUAAAAAAAGGCAAUGAAAUUGCUACAGUAGUUGUUUUAACAUUUAGUAAUUUUUUUUAUCAUUUGAAUUUUAUAACAGCAUUUUAAUUUGUGUCAAUCACAUAACAUUUUGUAUGAUUUGAUUAAUAUGUUAAUGCAUAUCAUAUUUACCCAAAUAAACUGCACACAAUUUUUCGUAAAUUUGUGCUAAAAAAGCAUGGUGAUUGGCUUAAUCAAAACUUGACAAUGGUGCACAACAAUACUGCAUACUACAAGUUCCGUUAUCCUGCUGUUGCUUAUUGGACAACGGUCGGACAUGUUGCACAGUGUUUGUGUUGGUUUAUCUGUGAAAGACAUUGCAGUGAUUACUAAAUGUUUUUGGUUGAGAUUAUAUACAGUUGCUGAAAAACUUAAAAUGAUAUAAGAAGCUUAGGAAAUAGGAAUUUGUGCUUCAGGGAAAGCAUGUUGCAGUAAAUUGCAUACGUGACUGGACAAAAACAAUAUUGGUUUUUAAGUGAUGGUGGUAUUGCAAUAGAAAUUGCAUUCAGAAUUUGAGAAUUUGUUGCACAUGCUUCUUCAGCAAUUUUCCCAUUUAUUUAAUUUUCAAUCUUCAUAAAAUAUUAUUGAUAUUCAUCAUUAGGGGCUGAGACUUUAUUGGUGCUUCACUACAGCAAACAAAACAGCUGUGGUUGGUAGCCAUUUUACAUUUAAGGCACUUUUUUCCUAGUUUCACGGAAAAUGUGUAAUCAUUCACAGUUCAUCAUUAAGUAAAAUUUUCAUUGUAUGAUAUUUUGAGAAAUGUAUAAUUAUACAAAGAAUGUUACAGAAAAGUUUGAUACAUUUGAUAUUACUCAUGUAGCAAGAACAAAAGGUGCUGUUAAAAACUGAUGGAUGUUAUUACAGGUACAAAGAAUGCUAUUCGUUUUACAGAAAACCUUAUUAAAAAUUUUAAUAUUUACUGUUGUUAUGUCAAGAAUAAAUAUGAAAUAGAAACUUAAAAAUUUGGUUACAAGUGUUGUUUUGAAAAGUUUGGUGCGAGGCUUAUUCGAGGGCACAAUUUAUUUGGGUAAAUAUAGUGUUUGUUUUUUAUGCUAUAUAUUUUUUUCAUGUGGCUUUCAUCUAAUUACAUGUAAUAUCUGGUUUUUCCUUUAUUUUGUUUGUGAGUAUAUUAAUGUUCAUAUUUUUUGUGCCAACCUGUUACAGGCUGUUUACUCCUGACUGUCACUCGAAGUUUAUAUAAACAACUGUUUACAUAUUGUCCAACUACAAUGUUUACAUUAGUAUACAAAUUAAUUUUUAUGUUAUUUCAGUUUACAAACUUAAAAUCUUAUUGUUAGUGCUUGAUAUGAUUAAAAGAAGCAUCAUUUCCGAACAGUGCUGGUUUUUUUAAUCCUAAUUUUAUAUAUAUCUUUGCCAUAACUUUGUAUUUGUGAGUUUUUCAUAACUUUCACUGUUUUUUAUUAUUAUUGUAUUUAAUCUGUGUGUUAUAUAGAUGAUGACAUUUUGCACAUUAGAGAACAUUUUGUUGUUACAUGACCCAGCCUGAAACUAUGUUAGUUCAGCUGUAAGGGUCUAACGUGGAAUUUUUUUUUUCUGUUUGUGUUGGUAUUGAGUUACUAAAUAUCAUAGGACUGAUAGUGGUAUGUACCUAUUUUGUGGAAGAAGUGGCAGAGACUGAAAUCAAUGACUAAUGCUCUAUUUAAGUAAAACAUUGUUACUAUUCUUACUUUUUGUAGCUUUUAAAUUAAAAUAGAAUGUUUUCCGUUUUUGUGAAAAAUGCAGACAUUUGACUGAAAGGUGAUGUUUUUUGAAUGGCUUUCUUUCUGUUAAAUUCAGGCCAUCUUCACCCUACAGUUAUUUAUUGUUGCUUUGUAACUGUGGAACUUCAGUGCAUGUUCAGCCCACUUUAUUCUAGUCUAAGUUGGUUCUUAACUAUGAUAGACUUUAGGGAAUUAUUUGCUAGAGAAAAUGUUUUGCUGGAAAUUGUGAAGAAACAAAUUGUAAAUCAUGUAACUCCUUUAGUAGUAAAAGGGAUGGUAUGUAUUCUAUCAGAAGCUUCUGGCUGAUGUGGGAGGAAAUCAAACACUUUUAAAAUGUAUUGCUGAAAAAAAUGCUAAAAAUCAAAAUUUAUAAAUUUCAUCAAUAUAAGACUUUUAAAAUUCUUAACAACUAUCAGGUGUUAAGCUUGAAGUAAAUGCUUUUACUUAUGUGUUGUAUAAUUAUCAAGCAUGUAAACCAUCAAGUAGAGUAUCUUGAAAAUAGCAUAACACAGGUCUUAUUUGUUAAACUAGUAGGAAUGUUCUGAUUAAAAUGAUAUUCCUGAAGUAUAGAUGGAAGUACUAAUACAUAACAUUGAUAUUUGUGAAAAUGUGGCCACAAAUUGGCAUGGUGUCUUCACAGUAAAAUCAAAUUUCAUCAUUGCUGAUAGCUCAGAGAUAAAACAAAACAAAAAUGUAAAAGCCUUUCGUACUGUAUUCCUGCAAAUAAAACAUUAGAAGCAAGGGCCAUUUUGAAAGGUCUAUAAGAGAAUGUUAAAAUGUUUAGUUAUAUUAUGGUUGAGAUCAAAAUCUUUAUUCUGUGGUCAUUGCGAUGUUUUUGAAUUUGUUUCUAGUCAGUUUUAUACAAAGUUUCAUGUAAAUGUGGAGCAUGCAUGUGUCAGGUAUUCAUUUAAAAUCACAAUUAGGAUUAAAGUUAAAUAAAUUAAUCAUGUAAGGCCAAUACCUGAAACAUGUUCUACAAAUAAGAAAAUGUUUUUUAAAAUUUUUUUUAAAAUUUUUACACAUCUAUAUGGGUCGAGAAUGCUUUGUGAUUGGCUUAACAUCACCAGGGGAAACUCUCGUGGCAGGACUUGGCUUUUUCCUCUCAUUUCAAGGCUAUAGUGAAUACAUCAUCAUAAGUCUGUGUGCAUGUAGCAGAUGUGCAAAUACUUACUAGUUUUAAUAAUUUGGAGCGUAGUUCCUUGCAAGAUUACCAUUUGUUAAAAAACUACUAACCAAAUAUUAGAGCCUAUAAAUUAUUUCACCUGAUGGUGUCAAAUGCUUUUUUUUUAGUCAAAAAUACUUUGUUAAAAAUAAAUGACAAAAUUAUUGCUAUAAAGAGGUGAUAACUGUGUAAAACUAAUUCUUUUAUUAAUAUCAUGUGUGGAUGCGAAGUCAUGAAAUAUUUUUCUAACGGUCUUUGUGUCAGUGCUGGCUCAAUAAUGUCUCUGUGGGUACGAAUAAUGUAUUGUAAACAUAAUUCUAUUUUUUAUGUUGGUUCCUGUCUGUAUUCGCAAAAUAUUUGUUACUUUGUGUGCAAUGACAUCAAAAGCAUCAAAUUUUUCAUCAAACAUCAUGUCAAACUCAUGCCAUCUGGCAUGCGUACUUGAAACUCCACCAUGCUGGAAAGCCACAGCCCAAUUUAGCAGGCUAGCAAAUCCAGGAGAAAAGGCCUGAUACAACAGACACUCAAGCCCACAGCAACACACUGACACCCAGCAUAGGUCAAAUAUUAAAAAAUGUACAACAGCUAUAAUGAUAUGUAUAUACUAGAGAUAGGCUGAGAUUUGAAAAUUUGAGCCUGUACUAGAUAGGAUGGGAAUAAAAAUUUUUUUAACUCAAAACAUAUUUAACAGGAGCAACUAGCAUAAAAACACAUACAACAACUAUUUUGCAAGAUCUUUGCAAUGACACCAUUUUUCAUAAUUAUACUGUUGGGAAACUUAUAUGAUGCUAUUAAUGUUUCAAAACACUGGAAAGCGGUGCCAUGUUAGAAUCAAAGGCCUGCGGAACAUCAUAAAUUUGUAACACAGCAAAAAACUUCUUAAAGUAAACCAUUAAUAUGUCAAAUAUCCAUUUUAUUCAACCACAGAAUCAAUUGAUAACAACGAUAUUCGACACAAAGAUAUUUUUCUGUGAUUUCCAACACUCAUAUCCAUUACAGGUUGUACUCAACGUUCCACCUUAUUCUAUAUCUCACCAUACUGGCCUACUCAUGUUUACCUAUCUUACACACUGUCCCCUAAUUUACCUACAUUGCAUCUCCAUUUCUUUACACUACGAAUAUAGUAUGUUCAUCACACUAAAUAUCGCCAGUUCAAUCUCUGCAUUUGCACAACUCUUUGUCCACUUCUUUUCUUAUGACCAUCUUCACUUGUCAUACACCCAUCUUUUCUUCUUUGCUCUUCCUCAGGAAAUCCUUUAAAGGGUGGCUCAAUUGGGGGCUCCUAAAGUAGAAUUGCAAGUCCUGCCUGCUGCUUGCAACUCUGUGGUUUUUGUUUGCAGACCCAUUGCAAGUGGUGAGUCUGAAGUAUUUGCUGUUCUCUCUUCACUCACUUUUAUCAGCUUUCAUCUGUUCUGCCAAAAUGUGCUUGUAAUAGUUGUCAGCUGGUAGGAUUUGAAAUAUUCAGUCAACUUUUGGACUUGACCAAAUAUUUUUCAGGUCUUGGACUAAACCGAGUACCCGGCUCAAAAGAUUCCUGCUCUUAACUCAAUUUUGUCUAUCAUAGUUGUGUUCACUGCGCUCCUUAAGGAGGCCAUCACAUUCCAAAUUGUCUGUAAAAUUUGCUCAUCCCACUGUGGCUUCAGUCUAGAGGCAGUUGUCAGUACAGCCCAUAGCUUCCUGCCAAAAAACAAAUCGGCUGGUGGUGAGAACGCUGAUUGUUGAGGCGGAGCUCACUAGGCCAAAAAACCUAGUUAUGACUUUUUUGAACACUGCUACAGCACUCUCUGCUCCCCUGUUUGCUUGUGCAAAAUGCAAACCUGGGGUUUGAUGUGCAGUGGGGGAAUCCACAUUCUUUGGAAAACUGCUGUAACUCUACAGAUGUAAACUGUGUUCCAUAGUAACUGUAAACUAUCAAUGGUAUGCCAUGCCUAGAAAAUGUAUUCUGCAGCCUAGUGAUAACAGCCUCCGUUGUUAGGCAGUCAAAUAAUAUUACUUCUAAGUUACUAGAAUAAUAGACUUGUAUUACUAAAUAUAGGAUACUUAGUAAUUCCAUUAUGUCCACCCCUACCAUGGACUAUGGCCACUCUGGAAAUGGUGUACUCUGUUGCAAUCACUGCAUGCAGUUAUCCACGAGUAUUUUUGUCUCGCAUGAUGUUAUGUUAGGCAUCUAAAUCGAUCCCUUUGCCUGAAACCAGCACUUUUUAAUCCCCAAGUGCCCCAGAUGUAUUUUGUGGAUGCAACAUAUCAGAUCAUAAUACUUUUGGCAUGAAAAUUCAUGCACCAUUUAUAAGUUUAGCUUCUAUUAGGGCAAAAUGAAUAACACUUAUUAGUGAAUCUAUUAAGGAUAUCCUGUUUCAGCAUCUGACAUAUUUUAUCCUUAUCUUGUACAUAUUUGAUUUUCCUUAACCGUUUAUCUGAGAGAGGUGUUUCCUGUAGCACAAUUAUUUUUCCAUAAUCUGUUGUGCUUCCUCUGGCUUUCCGACUUGUGCCCGUGAAAGCGUACCUGGUACAUAGAACAAUUUAUCCGCUAUGUGUGAUAUAGUAUGGUCAAAGCAUGAGGCAAAUCCGCAUUCGCUGUAGGUAUUCAGUAAGUUCAGUCACAGGCUUAUUUGACAAAAGGGUAACCAAGGGCUUAUGGUCAGUGACUAUGUAUGUCUUCGCACCUAAUAAAGUAAAUGUCAGUUAUCCAGGCCCAGAUUAUUCAGUUUUUGGGUGAUCCUGUUUUCGGGUUAUCCGUGCUUAAUUUAAUUUUAGUUAUUAGUUGGUUAUAUACUGAUGCUGGAAUAGCAUUGCUCCAGCACACUUAUUUGCUUGGCCUUUCUAUAUUUUUAACCACACUGUUACCAUGUCAGCAAACUAUUUACUUUGAACCUUCGUGUCGCCCACCCCUUCAGCUGUCACAUUUGUCACACUUUAAACUUGAGAGGGCUGCUGACUGCUGCUUCACGUCUCCACUCUCCAUCUUGUUUGUUUCACAUGCCAAUAUGUCAAGUAACAUGGCUGGCUGUCAUUUUGCUGGGGGAAGGGACACUGGGGAAAAAAAAAAAAUUUGUGUAUGCAGGUUUUGCGCAAUCAUAUCUUUAGCAAUGUUAAUUUAACUUUCCCUCUUCGCCCAUCAUAAAUGACCAUGAACUAGCAACGUACGUAAAGGCAUUCUGCACGUAUCUAUCACGACAGGUUUUCAUGAUGUCAACAAUAUUUUCUCAUGCUAUUUAUUUCCCACGUUUGUAACUUGCAACAUUUCAUGACGAACACUGCAGCCACGGUUCCAAAAGAUCCUGUGUUAGGUCUGUGAAAAGCAUUCCUCAAAGAAUUGGUGAAUUGAAAUACUACUUAUAUAUUCCCCCAUCCUGGCACAAGUUUCUCUUCUUGCUAGUUUUAUGAAAGGACAAGAAACUGAGAAGAAAUGAUAGAUAAUUGGCACGGAGGAGUAGAAAAAUUGAGGAAUGGAUGACUACUGCCUCUCUAGCAGAGGGAGAAACAUCACAUGGCGACACAGUGCUGUAUUGUUUAUGGUCCAAUGAGCUGAGGGAGUAUACAAAGACUUCUCUUGUGCUCAGAAUUCUACUGAAGACAAAUAUAUGGUACAACCCAUGGCCCUUACUGUGAAACAGAUUAUCUGGGUUUUUUUACGACUUCAACUAUCCAGGCAUCAGUGGGUCCCAAUUAACACAGAUAAUUGAGAGUUUACUGUACCUACUCUCCAAAUCUUUCACAUGCCUACAUGAUGGCGGAAGUUUCAUUUUCAAUCGGUGCAUAUCGCCUCUCUACUUCACUCAAACUCAUUGACACUUAUGCCACUGGUUUUUGUACUCCUUCAUGGAGUUGUUCUAGCGUGCCACCUAACUCAAAUGAUGAAGCACCUACAAAUACUAAGAUACUAUUGUUUCCAAGGCUCUAGAGUUAAGGGCUAGCCUAGGACAGGAUGUUGUGCUUUUUCUUCAUUCAACUUUCUGACUGCUCCUUGUUGAGCUAUACCCCUUAGCCAUUCCGUGUCUUCCUGCAUUAAUACUCUCAAUGGUUGCGUCUUCUCUGCCAACUGUGGAAUUAAUUUAAUUAGGUAUGUGACCAAACCUAGGAAUCUUCUGAGUUCCAGCACGUUUGUAGGAUCUGUCAUGUUGGUUAUCACAGUUGUCUUUUCAGGGUCUGGUUCACUGUGCCUUCACCGAUUAUGUGACCCAGAAACUUAACAGUGGUUUCCCUAAAUUAGCUUCGACUGUUUCAUGUACUCAACGUAGCCUAACUAAGCAUUCAAUUGAUUAACGCUAUUUUUAAUGUAAUUUACCUAAAUCAUCACUAUUAAUUUUAGUUCCAGGUGAUGAAAUACUUUAAAUAUCACAAUACUGCUAUUAUAAAAUACAGUAUUUUUGCCAAAAAAUAAAAUCCAUACCUUGGGAGGCUGUUAUAUACAAGAUACCGUACUAGAAAAAACGUGUUCUGAUUAUUACGGUAUUACAAAUCGUUGUCACUUGCACUGCUGGCAGAAUCGCUGUCUGAAGACAUGUCUGAAAUUUGCAGGAUGUCAUCCUCUGCUGUCCAGGGGCGUAGCCAGGGGGGGUUUUAGGGGUUCUAACCCCCCCCCCCCUUAGCUACAAUUAUUUUUUCUUAUCUGAAAGCAGGUUAGCUAAAAGCCUGGGUGUCUUACUGCUAUCACCGGCCACUGCACUGGAGGGGAAGAGUAAGCGAGCCCUACCGAUUCUCCUUCCCUUCCUCUACCCCUGUUGCGAGCAGAAGCUAUAAGGUUGUGACGCCGUGACGAGUCCCAAGCUUUCAAAUAUCUUACACCUAUUGUAUUAAACCAGCGCGGUAAUUAUAAGCAGGUGUUGACUGGGCUUCCAAAAGUGUAAGGAUUGCUGUGUGUGUAUAGAAUUGAGACGACGACAUGGUGUCAUGUAACUCUUCAAGCUAAAGCUAAUUGUUUCCAGGAAUAAAUUCUGCUGAAACCCAACCCUUUUUAUUCUUUUUUUUUUGUACUGUCGAGCUUCGAGCAUGAUUUAUGAUUUUGAGUGGAUGUAAACAAGGCACUUGGAUUGAUAAAAAUACUUUUAAUUAAUUUCUUACUUCAUCACUCAAACAAUUUUUUUAUUAAAAAAAAAUUGGUUGUCUAUAAAGUCGGUUUACGGACGAUAGUUUAACGUGACGUCAUAACAAAACACUGAUAAAAUGAUUGCAUAGUUUUAUGAAUAAAAUUGAAUCAAUUUUAUUGAAUUAUCACUAUUUUAUAUGGAUACAAAGGAGUGAAAUGAAAACUACAAUUUAAUUGAUAAAUUUACUUUUAUUUGCACUUAUUAAUGUUAAUAUGUUUAUUGCUUUAACGAAGAAAUUAUUUUAACUAUAACUUUUAUACAUUUUGUUAUUAAACUUCUUCCAAUCUGUGUUAUUCUGUUAAGGAUAGGACGAUGAUAGGAAAAGUAGGAAAUGAAUGGGAGUGUUUCAAGUUUAAUGUGCUUCGAAAAAGUCAAAUUGAUGGUUGCUCCAAUUGAGUGGAAGAGAGAUAAAUGUGGCGCAAUCGUACAAUGAGCGUAACGGGACAAUGAGUCAUACUGUUUCGUCCGUGCAGCCGGCGUUCAUCGCUUUAUUAGAUGUCACGUCAAAAAUUAAUAAUAUUUUUACCAUUACAAUAUUUAAAGUUAAGUACCGAAAACUGCUAAAAUACCACUACUUUACACCUUAAAAUCCAAGAUGAAAUGCCCGUCACCUUAAAACUUUUGGCAAUCAUUUCUUGCGAAAUGGAUAGCCACGCCGCCAAAAUCCACGAACACACUGUUGGUAGUGGAGCAUGUUUCAUCCGUCCAGUCGGUGUAAGGUUGUGUUCAGCUGUUGUCAUCCACGUAUUAUAUUGGCGCCUAAAUUCCACCUUGAACGGCCUGUUCACGACGACAUCCAGUGGCUGCAAAAUCUUUGUCAUGCCCCCCCAGGAUGACAACAAGAUCGCUGUCUUCCUUUACACACUGCUUCACAGGUUCAGUUAUGUGGCCACGAAAACUGUCCAGCACUAACAUGGCACACUUUCGCAGCAAACCACCGGGUCGACGUCUCCACACACACUUCAGCCAGUCCAGAACAAGUUCAUUUGUCAUCCAACCCUUUUCUUGCACCCUCACGAUGAUUCCCGGUGGAAACACAUCCUUCGGCAAAGUUUUCCGCUUGAAUAUUACGUAUGGGGGAAGCUUUUGGCCGUCCACUGUAAUAACCAGCAUAACCGUGCAACAUUGUUUGUCAGCACCUGUGGUUUUAACGGGAACUGACCUUUCUCCAACCAGUGAAACUGUAGUUGAUUCAGGCAUGUCGAACCACACCGGUGUCUGAUCGGCGUUGCCGAUUUGCGAUAGAAGAUAGCCAUUCUUUUUUUGAAGCGCAGUUACAUGUCGCUGAAAAUUUAGCAGCUUUGCUUCGUAUUCCUCUGGCAUUUUUGCGCUACUGUUGUUUUGCGGCAAAUAGACAAGUUUUUUCUCUUCAUGAACCUUCGUACCCAGCCGUAACUAGCUUUGAAGUUCGCUUGAUUAAUUUUGAGAUUACGUGCAAUCUUGCUUGCUUCUAAUUGCAGCAUUUCUGUAGAAACAAAAUAACCGUCUUUCCUUAAAUUGGUCAUGUACUCAAGCAGUUGUUCUUCCACUUGUGGAUACACACAUUUUCUGCCACGAAACGCACAUUUGUUUUUAGAUGCACACUGAAGUCUUUCCUUAUUUCUACACCACUCACGAAUGCACUGCACAUUAAUAGAAAAAUGUCUUGCAGCUUUACGUUUACUGUUUUUCUCUGCAUACCGCACAACUUUCAACUUGAAAGAUGCUGUGUAACUUGCCCUAGUUUUACCCAUUUUCAAGCAAUGUACAUAGACAAUAGAAGAUUGGCCGACCACAUGUUUACCACUGGAUAACUGUCAAAAAAAACUCCGGCUUCCGCUGAGUUACAGCAGCACUUUCGUAAAAAUAACUUGGGUGAGUCUGUUCAUUUCUACUCGGGGGUUGUGGGUUAACGGACGUUUCAGGAUUUUUUUUUCCACGGGUGUUAUACACGGAUAUUAAAUUUUUUCAAUAUUUAUAAUUCAAAACUAAGGGGGCUGUUAUACAGGGGCGGGUGUUAUAUUGGCAUAAAUACGGUAAUCAGUGUAAUUAUAAGAACUGAGAAACACCAUUUUGAUUUUUGAAAUUAUUUUUUUUGUAUAAGUCACAUCUCUAGACUAUUGCCAUAAAAAGCUUUUACAGCUACUCUAGCUCCAAUCGAUUUCAAUGAUUACUAAAAAAUUGUCAAGUCCGGAUUCGAUUCGACUCAAAAACAUGCAAGCUCAUCCAUACCUUAGUUUUGUACAUUAUUUAUGCAUACAAGUAUUCCCUAAAGUUAUAAUAUUUUAAGCAAACCCUAUUUAGUAGGCCUUCGACUAUUAUGUACCUUAAUGUACUCUUGGACAUAGGGCUACAUGACUUCUUUAAGUGACUCUAGUCUUGGUUUCAGUGUCUGAGAGUGCGUGUUUGUAAAUAAAAGCCAAAAUAUUAAUAGAUACUGCCUACAAAUCAAUAUUUAUAUCUGUUAUGUCCCAAUCAGCACCUGAUCACACAUUAAUUUCUGUUUUUUGCUUUAAGUCUGGAUCAAAAUAAAUAUUGAAGAUUUUUUUUCUUCAAAUGUUGCCAUGUUGAAGUAAAGUAUUUUUAAUCUGGAAUUGGCAAUUGAAAAUUUUCUUUAGUGUAUAAUACCCAUUUUUAAGUGUAAAAAUAUUGUUCACUACCCCCAAUGAAAUUGUAGAGACCAUAGCUUAUAGAAUGUAUAGUUCGUGAAUUUGAAGCCUUGUAGUUUGCAAAAGCAUGUUGCCUUCUCGCUGCUUAUGAUAGGGGCCACCCAACCGGUCGUAUGUCUACCAAGCUGCCCCCUCAUCCUUUUUUUGUCCUUGAUUCCUUUCAGAUAAUUAUGCUUUAUAUCAACCUGAGUUAAAAAUGCCAGUGAACAUAGGAUGUAAAGCAAAACUAUUUUGAGUGAGAACAAUAAAGUUUAUUUUUUGUGGCAAUCAUGCAAAUGAUUCUAGGGAUUCCCACACUCUGGUUAUUGCAAUGUCAAAAUGGUAGUACUUUUUUUUUACCUUCUUUCUUUCAUCAGGCUUUGAUUCCCUUCUUCUUUUUGGUGGGGGCAAAAUACAGAGCCAAACCUCACCAUGAUUAAUUCGGGUCAACCAGCUGUGGGAAUAGCAGUGUUCCCUCGCUUCUUUUGUGCAGUUGUUCAUGACUAGCUAAAGUACUUCUCAUUAAAAAAUAUUUAGUCUUUCACCAAACUGACAUUUCCAACUCAGGUGUAAUAUACAGUCAUGUGAAAGUAAGAAAGGUUUUUUCUAAACCCUUCAAUGUAUAUGUUCUCUAUUGAGCUACUGAUUGUAACUUCACAGCUUUUUUUGGUUCAUGAUGUUAAUAAGCAACAAUAAAUAUGGCAGGAGAUGAAGUGAUGGUAUAGUCAUGUUCUUUGCAGCUUUUGUUACAUAAUUUGAAAUCAGAAAUGUCCCUCAAUUGUUGUCAUGUUUAUAUUUAAAUAUAGUUUUUGCAAGUGAUAGUAUAGUACAAGUGCGGCUCCAGAAGGGGGGCGGUAGGUCGAUAGCCCCUCCCGAGAACAAUUUUAUUUAUUUAAUUUUUCUAGAAGGGUAUAUUUAUGUUUACUUAAAUACAUGUUUGAAACUUUUCUCAGACCAAAAGUUGUCUGGAACUACAAAGGUUCUGUAUUUGAGACCAUAUUCCAAGGAAAAUCUCUGACUUAAUUGAUGUCUUUUUUUUUCAACUGCAUCCUAACUUUGUACGAUAACCCCUCCCGAAAAGGCAUUAUGGAGCCGCCAUUGGUAUAGAAAUGUCAAAAUAAAUUGAUCAGUGUAUCUUUAACAGUAUUAUUUUAACAUAAUAGAGGACAGUUAUACUCGUGUAAAUUUUUUGUGUCUGUGGCUUUACUCUUAAUUUCGUGCGGAACUGCCUACUACAAGUGUUAAUAAAAUAUAUACCUUUUUUUUAAACAAAGUGAUUAAAUAAAAAAACUGACUAAUUAAAAAGUUAAGUUAUUACAUAUGUACUUCAUAUUGAUUACAUUAAAUGUUAAAAAUAUUUAUAAUUUCAAAAAAGAUUAACAAUGCUAUGGUACAUAGAAAUGGGUGCCAAAUCUCUCAAUGUUUUUGAUUCUUAUAUUUAUAUGUAUUUUUUUGUUUUUACAGAAUUCUGUGUAAUGAAUUACUUUAUGUAUUGGAAUCUUUGUAUCUAUAGGAUUUAUGUGUGCUAAAGUGUAUUCAUUCAUGCAGCCAUAUGAAUGUUGGUUGAUUCUUAUUGUUAGAAAAUUUUCACAUGUUUUUGGACCAAUAUUUUAUAUAAAGAGUUGUAAUGUAUAAAAAUAUUUGUGAACUUCAUCUACCUCAAAGAAAGUGUUAAAAUAUAUUAAGUAAAUAGUUAUUUCUAGUUUUAUAAUUUGUAGAAAAGUAUUGAAUUUAAUAAUUGUACUUUAAAAAUUAUAUUAUUGUCCAUAAAUUUUAAUUGUAAAAAAUGUAGUUUUAACUGUCAAUUUUUUUGCUACAUCAAAAACUGUAAAAAUUGUGUAAAAAAUAGUUAGAGAACAUUUUUAAA